GAAAAAGUUGGCGAUUUGCGCUCGAUACACCGUAUAUAAGGACUCUGCGGAUUGCAGAACAUGCCAGUCAGUUGUUGUCUUUACGCGGUUGUAUAAAUCUUUUAUUGGUUGCACUUUUCGUUGUCUAAACAAAAGCCAAGUGAAGCUCAAAGUUGGUGGAAAUUUUGAGAAAAAAAAAGUGGAAAAAGUUCAGAACAAGAAGAAUUGAAAAGGAAAUAAGAGAAAAAAGGAGAAAAGAGAAAAAAAGAAAGAAAAUAAUAAAAGGAAAGAAAAAUUUUUUUUAAAAAAAGGAUGAAAAGAAGCACUUUGUCUCAUCACUAGUACUAUUCGGUUUUACUCAUCGUCAACUUUAAUGAAAUAUCAUUACGAGAAAAGACACAAACGAAAAACCUCACCAAUUUAUUCUUUCCGCAUCACAAAUCUAUAAUAAACAACAUAAAAAUAGCUCUAAUGCGACUACUCGAAUUGGCUAGUGUAACCGACUGAUUAGAAAACCUUUCACAAUGAUUGAUGUUGCGCAUUUUGUCGAAGAGAGUCCAUUUUUUUGACGCUAAACAAAUUACCGCAGUGCUGUUGAAUUAUAUCUAUUGAUUGGAUUGAGUGAGCCGAAACAAACAUGACAUUCGAUUCGAGUAGUGAGAAGGAUGGCAUCAAAAGUGUCAAUCAUUUUCGACGGUUUCUGUCGCAGUUUGCGGCGACGACAGUGGAAAACAUGUUGCAAUUCGAUAUGGGACUGUGUAAUUUCUUUCCGUUCAUCAUAAUACCAGCAUUGACAGGCCUUCCAAAUUGUCACAAUCUCAACGAAACCCUUUCACUUACACCGGUUCAAGCUUCUUGGCUGGGGAGUAUCGGUUAUAUUUCCGAGCCAAUUGGCAGCAUUCUUUCCGCAUUGAUGACAGACGCACUCGGACGUAAAUUUGGUAUGAUGAUCGUUAACAUUCCUCUGGUGAUUGCCUGGUUCAUGAUGUACAAUGCAAGCAGUAUUUGGGAGAUUUUCGUUGCGAAUAUUUUACUAGGCCUUGGAGCUGGUCUCAUGGAAUCCCCGGUUCUCACUUAUGUUGCUGAAAUAUGUGAGCCAUCAGUUCGCGGAGUGAUGAUUGCUUACACGCAUGUUGGAUGGACGCUUGGUAUGCUGUUUGUUUCAGUGAUGAACACAUUUAUUCCCUGGCGAUCGGUCGGUUUGGUGUGCAUGUUCGUUCCAAUUUUAACAGCGAUCGCACUAUGUCUCGUACCUGAAACUCCAUUGUGGCUUUUAUCAAAGAAUCGAACGGCUGAAGCUGAAAAAUCGUUGUGCUGGCUUCGAGGCUGGGUGCCAAAAGAAGUUGUAGCCGAUGAAUUCAAUGCACUUCAACGUUACAGCGAGCGUUACAAAUAUUGUAGCUCCUGUAUAAAAUUAAACCAAACGUGUUCACACCCAUUGCCGACAGUUUUCGAGAAGCUGAAAGAAUUGAAGCGCAAACAGACACUCAAGCCGUUUUGCAUCGUGAUGGCACUGUUUUUUAUUGCAUUAUUCUCUGGCAUUUUCUCAAUGAGUACAUUCAUUGUGCAAAUUUUCAAAGCCUACGACAGCCCAAUUCAACCUGAUAAAGCAGCUGCUGUUCUUAGUUUUGCGAACAACGUGGGCAAUAUCAUUUUCUUGAGCUUUAUUCGCAUCACUGGCAAACGAAAGAUAUACCUAACAAUGUUGACUAUUGUGUUUUUGUGCUCAGCCAUCGUAUCGGGAUAUGGAUUUGCGGUUUUGCCAACGGGCUACAACUCAUUUGAUCAUUCAAAGCAUCACUCCUUAGAAAAUAAAGACAUCGGCUACAUACCAUUCAUUUGCAUCAUUCUGUGGAGCUUCUGCUCGUAUUGCGGCGUUAACAUCAUGCCGUGGCAGAUGCUGUCAGAGGUGUUUCCUUAUAAGACUCGCGGAACAGCAACUGGACUAACAGCAGCCCUAAACUACAUUUUUAGUUUCAUCAGCACCAAAACAUAUUACAAUUUGGAAACGACUCUAUCAAUGCCCGGAGUGGCUUUGUUCAACUGUAUCAUCAUAGCUAUCGGUUUGAUUUUGAUGUACAAAAUUCUUCCGGAAACCGAGAAUCGUACGUUGGAGGAAAUUGAGUUGCACUUUGCUGAUAAUUCGAAGAAACUCACCGAUCGCAGAAUUUCCACCAUUCGAGAACGAAACGAGAAAGACAAUAAUCUCAACGAGAUAAAAUCAAUUUCAGUGAUUAAGAACGAUGAAGCGUUGACUAAUCACUAUAGCAAUGGAUUUGGAAACCAGAGAUUUUCUGGGGAUAAUUGAACCAUUGAACCAAUAGCCUAUCGUUUUUUGAAACCUUUGAAAAAUACUAACAACAUAAUAUGUUGAACAUAUCAAACUCAGAGAUUGCAUAUUUGCUGCUGAGUAGGC